UAUAUACUUACAAUAUAAUCUGACCAGUUAACAUAUAUAUCAACUGAAUGAUAAUUACUCUUCAUUAGUCGGUCCAAAUAGUCCAACGGAUAACGUCAACAUGGAGAAAUCCUUGUGUUUGUUUCUUUUUUUGUGUAGUGCUUUAUUGGAAGCGCAAUGUUUAGAAUGCUACAUCUGUGAUAACUGUCCGAAAGCUAAACUGGAUGAAAUACAAACUUGUGGGCAUACUACAAUUUCUAAGCCAUCGACUACGACAACGGAAUCCUUAGCCACCGCAACAGUGACGACUAAACUUCCAACCCCUUCUACAUCAACCACACUUAAACUUACAACGGAAACUAUAUCGGAAUUUACGACUAUUUCCUCAACGACUUCUACAGAAGCUAUAACUACGUCCACGACAACGACAGAAACUUCUACUACGACAGGACCAAUACCUACUUCCACAGAAUCCACAACUUCAACAGUACCAUCCUCAACAGCUGCGUUGGAACCUACAAAUACCCCAAUGAUAAGCCCCGCAGAUAAAAUAACCUCUUCUACAGUCACAACAAUAACCAUUUCUGGUUUUCCAAGCUCCGCCACAAAAUCUCAAAAAAUUACAACACCCAAAGAGGCUGCAAUCACGUCGGCAUUACUGACUACAACAACCAUAACAGACGCUACGACAAGUUCUACACCGACUUCUAUGGAACCUACAAUACUUACAGAAACAAUAUCUGAACCUGUAAUCAGUACCAUAACAACGAAAAGAGAUCCUGGUCCAACAGACAACACAGUUUUAUUUAUUUCUACGUUACCUACAACAACGGCAGUGCCUCUUGCAACUUUUCCUGUAACAGAACCUACAAUACAGACGUUUUCAAAAUUACCUACAUUAACCGAACAGAACAUGGAAUCUACAAUGCAAAAUAUUCCAACACAAUCUAUAUUGGCACAACCUAUAGCCACAUUCACGACAGAAUCUGCACCAAAUAUAUCUACUACAGCCACUGCAAUUUUCUCUACAGUAAAUAAUAUAAAACCUAACAAAGAAGCAAACGUGACAUACAGUGCUAGGAGAAUGAGGUCCUCAUCUGAAGCUUGUGCGUGCAAAAGCGGAGAAAUAUGUGACUGUUUGACCCAUCAAAGAUCGAAAAGAUACACUUUAAGAGGACUGGGCCUGUCAAAGGAGGCCGUCAAGUACGUUUGCUUCGUGGAUAAAUAUAAAAUAAAUGAAACGGAGAUCGUGAAAAGAGGAUGUGCCAUCAAGGAAGCAGACGAAAAAACUUUGUGCACUAAGUUGGGCCUCGGAGGUGACUGUAAGAUCUGCGAUACCCAUCAGUGCAACGGUGCUGCCAUAAUACGAGCAUCCAUCCUUAUAAUGUUUAGUCUGUUCUUCAUUUAAUAC